CGAUAAUUAUAUUGCAUUGGCAACACUGCGCUGGAGUCAACAACAAAAGUAGAACAAUAACAAUUGAAGUAAUUGAAACGUAAAAUAAAUUUAUUUUCGCACAAUUAACUUGGAUCGGAAUUCGCUAAAUUAAUAAUAUUAUAACAAUACGGUAAAAAUAUGCUCUCGUUCUUCUCCAAGAAAAAACAAGACACAGAUUCUGCAGAAGAAGCGAUACAAGGACCUACGGAUUCUACCCAGUUGAAUGAAGGUGGAGACGACUUCAUUUUCAUAGAACGAAAAACUUCAGACCACGAUCCUACUAAGUUUUCAGCACAAGGUAUAGGAAUGUAUCCGCCUAUACCUCCCGCAUUUGGAAUGGGUAGGUUUCCGGGACAACCGGUUUAUUCACCUAUGACUAAUGUCGCCAGUGCAUCGGACAACGUGUCACCAGUACCAUACGUACAAGGCGUUCCCUUUGAGUUAGCGCCACAGCUUAGCACAAAAAGUGAUUUUGAAGUAACACAAUUGCAAGUUGACAGCAUUUUAGCUCUGUUGACUCGUCAAAUGUCGGUGGACGAAAACGAAGAAUAUAAUUUUGCACUAGAAAGAUCAAUACAAAAUGAAUGUUAUUAGGUUGGAAAAUCGUUUAUAUAUCUGAUUUAUUUAGUUGUAAGAAAAUUAACGAAUGAAUAAAUUUAGUACGACAUUAAAA